AUGUACGGCGACUCUCCUCCGCCUCCAAGAACGCCCGCUCCUUAUCCAGAAGGCGAGCUCAUUUACAACUGCCUUGGCCGCCACGUAGUCCGCCAUGGCAACACCGUCACAAAGUACAUAGUGCAUCCUGAUGGCAUGGGCGCUAACGAUCAACCAAACGAAGCGCACGUGCUAAAAUUCGUCAAAGAACAUACUACGAUCCCGGUUCCUGAGGUCAUAAGCAGUGACUGGGAUCGCAUUGAGAUGGAGUUCAUUGAAGGCCAAACAUUAAAAGAAGCAUGGCCCUCACUCCAACCAGAAGAGCGCACAACGAUCCUGUCUCAGCUCAAAGAUUACAUCGCUCAGAUGCGGGCGCUAAAGGGUACUUAUCUCGGUCGCUUCGAUGGCCAAGGUGUUAUUGUUCCCAGUAUGAUGACCCGAUCGGGCGGGCCUUUUCAUACCAUUGAAGCAUUCCACGACUGGCUUGUUCGACCGCCGAAAAGAAUCACCGAACAGUCUAUGUACUGGCAUCAGAUCACGACGCAACUGGCGAAUGACUGCCCUAUUGUCUUUACCCACGCCGACAUCUCAUCCAGAAACAUCAUCAUACGCGACGGUCGGAUAGUUGCGCUCUUGGAUUGGGAAUGGGCGGGUUGGUAUCCCGAGUAUUGGGAUUAUGUGUUUGCGCUGCGAGGUCUGGAUAAGAUUGACUGGCAAACACUGGGGAGUAAAGUGCCGUCGUUGUUUGAGAAGCGCUAUGAUAUUGAGUACAUACUGGUGAACUUCAUCACGACUCUAUCGUAG